AUGCCUCCCGUACUCGCCCGCGUCGUCCCCACGACGCGCGCGCGCGCCGUGACCACGUCGCCAGUCGCUCCGCGUCGCGCUUCGACGCCCCACCGCGUCGGGUCGACGAAAAACGAGCUGUUGAGGAACCAAACGACGCACUUUUCGAGAACUUUGCGCAUCGUGCAAUCAUCGCCGCGGUCGAACGACGGCGCCCAAGGCACGGUGGAGUACGUGACACCGGACCCGCAAACCUUCCUCGUCGGAUCGUGCGCGACGUAUGCGGUGAUGACGGCGGCGGCGCAGGUUUUGUGCGCGUUCGCGGAGGUGCACCCGGACGUGCGGGACGCGACGGCGCACGGGUUCAACGCCGACGCGGCGGCUCUGUGGAUGGUUCCGCUCCUGGCGUCGCUCACGGUGGCGGUGACGCAGGCGGAUAAGGUGGAGUUUUUGAGAGAGGUGAAAGUGAUGUUAAAGGAAGGGGUACUGCCGAGCGUUGCGCCGCUCGGAGCGCUCGGGAUUUUAGCGCUGAGCGUCGGCGCGGGGAUCGGCGAGGAGGCAAUGUUCAGAGGUUUUCUCAUGCCCUGGGUCGAUCUGCGGUUGGAGUCUUUCGGAUUGAGCGGUGACGUCUCAGCGUUCGGGGCGUUGGCCACCACUUCGCUAUUCUUCGGGGCGUUGCACGCGAUUACGCCGGCGUACGCAAUUUGGGCAACGUGGGCGAGCGUUUUGUUUAGUAUCGAGUACGUGCGCGACGGUCUGGGCAGCGCCAUGUUCACCCACGCGCUGUAUGAUUAUUUAGCGUUUCUGUACAUCAUCGUUAGCUGGAUGCCGGACAGAGCACCCGAGGCGAGCGAGUAG